AUGGCCGAACAGGAAGAACACCACCACCCUCAUCGAACAAAGGCCUCGGCUAAUAUCAAAUCAGCUACGGAUGGAUCUGUAUCACAAGUGAACGUUAAUGUAUCCGAUUUAGGUGGAAUAUUUAGUUCCAGUGGUAAUCCACUAAGUACAACAACAAUUAGUACAAUUGCUGUACAAGCUGGUGAAUCUAGCAUUAUUUUAGCUAUUCUUCGAGUAUGUAAUUUUUCUUUUUAUUUCAUAUAA